AUGGAGUUCGUGGUGCUAGUCUUAUGCCUCGCCAUACAAACAUGCUCGAGCAUGCCCGAAAUCAGAACCGGCGAUGCUGCCAACAAACUAACGAAGAUAAAGCCGGUCGGCGCAGCUGUAGCCAAGAACUUCAUUCCUCUGACAGAGCUGCCUCCUCCUCGCCUGCCAUCAGUUCACUUCCACGACGGCAGGAGGCAUCUGGACAAUGACUGCGGGAAGCCCGCGCCGAACAGAGAGGUCGUCGAAGGAGGCAACGUCGAAAUCUUUGGGGACUACUAUGAAGAGAAGUUUGCGAAGACCGUUGCCACUAUUAUCUUUCCAGAUCAUAUUGAUCGUAAACACUUCGAGGUGACGUCACCGGUCCCAUAUCUGACUGUGGGUCCUAUUGAAGCCAUCGGCUACCACCCCAGCACAAUCAAGAGCGAACAUCUUAGCGAGUGCGAGAAGAUUUACCAGGACCACAUAGCGGACCAGUACUCCGACGAAACCAAGGACUUAUCGGAGGAAUCCCUGGAAAUGGCCCGGAUGCCACUCUUCCCGCCCGAAGGCACCCAGCCUCCAAUCGACAUGGAGCAAGAAGCAAAUAUGUACGAAGACAUGAGUAUAUAA